AUGAUUGCCGGCCAUCUAUUUUUGCGAUUUAUGUUACGAUUGUAUCUUUACUUGAAACACAAUCCAGAACGUUUUUACGAACGACAAAAUUUUUUAAAAGAUGAAAAUUUCGGCGUAUGUCUUGGCGAUAUCCGAUUUGAGAAGCACCUACCUGAUGAUCCACCUCGAAUGAUACAUUUUCUAUCUUUAUUUAAACAUUUAGACUCACUGAAAAUAGAAUGGAAUAUUAAAGGAAUGUCGAUAUGUCAUGGUAUAUGCUACCAAUGUGGCUUCAUAAUUUUUGAUUAUGGAAUGCAACGUUUGGGUGCAGGCCUCUAUAUUUCCGAAUCAAGAUUAAAACAUUCCUGUUCGACGAGCGCUAAAACAUUGUUCAAUGGUACUCAACUUGUAUUGCGAGCCACUAGACCAAUCGAAAUUGGGGAGCAAAUUACCAUCAAUGAUAUUUAUUUUUCUAAUCUACCAAGUUCGCUUGAAUCAACUUUACUAGGAAAAAUAUUUAGAACCUAUAAUUUUUUUUCAUAUGAAUGUAGAAAAUGUGUAUCGGAAAAUGAAGAUUAUUUCCUUAAAAAAUUUAAAAUAUUAGGACAAUCUCGAAAAUUAGUCGAUGCAAUUUCAGAUUGUGUGUCGAACAAUUUGAACGAAAUAUACAGAGUUUGCAAAAUUUGUUUAUCAACAAUGAGCGAGAUCUGUAGUGAAUGUCAUUUGGGUCUAAUUCUACACAAAAUUAAUAUAUUGGAAAUUUAUGCAAACAUUCACGAUGAUGUUAAAGAAUUAUCGGUUGCAGAAUUGGCAAAAAUAGUGGAAAUUACACUUCCGUCUGUUUACAAUGAAAUAUUCGAAAAUACCUAUUUCAAUCGAGAGGAAAAAGCAAGUUUUACCAUUGUGAAAGCAUUGGCAAAUGUUGAAUUCAAUGUCAAAAAAAAUUGA